AUGUUGGUGUCUCCUCGCGGAUACCAUCGCUGGUGGCGGGUGUUAUUGGGCCUAAUUUUCCCCCGGCGUGGUUCAUAUGGAUAUAUCGGCUCCCUCUUCUCCUCCUGCAUACUAUUCUUUAUCAUCGUCGAUCAUCUCACCUUUACCUCUUUGUCGUUGAGCCGCUCACCGCUGCAUCCCACUGACACCACUGUCAUCCCGGAGAUCAAGUCGGUGUAUGUGGCCAGCACGCACUGGAACAAUGAGGCGAUUCUGAGAAGUCAUUGGAAUGCUGCGGUCGUCGAGCUGGCUAGGAGAUUUGGCAAGGAUAAUAUAUACGUUUCAGUGUAUGAGAGUGGGAGCUGGGAUAAUUCGAAGGACGCGCUGAGAGAGCUGGAUAAGGAUUUAGAAGAGAUGGGAGUGCAGAGGACGAUUGUCCUAGAUCCAGUUACCCAUGAGGAUGAAAUAAAAAAGCCCCCUGCAAGUGAAGGGUGGAUUGAUACUCCACGGGGGCAAAGAGAGCUUAGGCGUAUUCCGUACCUGGCGCGCAUGCGGAAUAAAUCCCUGGAUCCCCUGGAGAGGUUAGUUGCUGCUGGACGGACUUUUGAUAAGAUAAUUUUUUUGAAUGACGUUAUAUUUUCAAUGACGGAUAUCAUAACUCUUCUUAAUACUCGAUCCGGCUCAUAUGCAGCGACCUGUUCCCUCGACUUCGCAAAAUCGAGUCUCUUCUACGACACAUUUGCCCUUCGAGACUCUAAUGGGUCUCCUGCUUUUUCCCAACGCUAUCCCUACUUCAGUUCAAGGCGUUCGCGAAAUGCCCUUACAGCUGGCAACCCCAUCCCCGUCCAGAGUUGCUGGAACGGAAUCGCCAUAUUCGACGCUGCCCCUUUUCAAAACCCUCUCAAUCCCCUACGCUUCCGUGCAAUACCAGAUUCCCUCGCUGCAUAUCACCUCGAAGGCAGUGAGUGUUGCCUCAUCCACUACGAUAACCCUUUAACAGCAUCAAAGGGCGUAUGGCUCAAUCCAAGGGUUAGGGUUGGAUAUAACCUUGUUGCGUACGAGGCUGCGCGUGCGUUCCCUUCGAAGCGUGAAGCCAUUGUUGGCUGGUGGAAAGGGCUUUUCGCUUCUUUACUCGAUCUGCCUUGGCAGUCUGCAGAUAUUGCUAAGAGAGUUAGACAUUGGCAACGGAAAGGUGUGGGAGAUAGUAAGUCUAAUAAAGAGGUAGGAAUCCCGUGUUUGAUUGAUGAGAUGCAGGUCAUCGUCUAUAAUGGGUGGGCGCAUCUUUGA